GCCCGUGGUACUGGUACUGGUACUAUGAAGCGCCUUGAUUGCAACACGAGUAUAAAUGCACUGAAGGCCUCCGAUAUCUUCCUUUUUGCCAUCCGUUCUUCGCAAGUGCUUCGGUCUUACAAUUGCUGCGAACAUGGUCCGGUUCACAACUGCCGCUGCGGGCUUGUCCCUUGCCUCUGUUGCUCUGUCUUCGCCUCUUCAAGGACAACUAUAUGCUCGCCAGAAUGCAUCAAGUCCCUGCGCGCAGGUGAGCGCAUCCGCCGUGGCGCAGAAGUCCGUUGCGACUCCUACUGUUGCUGCUGAGCUGGCGUACGAGUGCAUCACCUCCGUGCCAUUCAACCAGACUGCUGCUCUAGCUUUGGUCGACGGUGUCGUGCCCUACUUCAAGUGGCAGAGUAACACUGCUUUCUUGAAGGACCCGCCAGCCGAAUACGCUGAGAAGGUCCAACCCGCUGUCGAUAUUUGGGGCGAGCUCGAGGAGAUUCGCGGCAAGGUUGUUGAUGGAAAGUACGAGAAUGAGUUCGAGUUCGGAUUCGAGCUGUACACCCUUCUCCAAAGCACACACGAUGGUCACUUUGUGUAUGUCCCCGACGUGGUUGGCACAGUCUUCAACUUCGCGCGCCCUGUGCCCCUUGUCUCGGUCUCUGCCGAUGGAAAGGAGCUCCCUAAGGCGUACGUGUAUGCAGAUGUUCUCGCUGAGUCAUUCGGCAACGCAACUUUCAUCUCCUCGCCGAUCACCAAGAUUAAUGGCGAGGAUGCCGAGACUUACUUGGAGAACUGGGCCCAGUACGGCUCACUCCAGGACCGCGACGCGUUGUACAACAACGUGUUCUACGAGCUGGCCACAGUCUCUCUUGGUCCUUCUGGAUCUGGCAUCGGUACCUUCGCAGGCAGCGGACGCGGCCGAUGGGUCUACCCUGGCGCAACGACUGAGCUCGAGUUCGAGAACGGCACUAGCACGUCGUUCCAGAACUAUGCCAAGGUCCUCAUCCCCUUCGAUGGCAUCAACGACGGCGAGGCGCUGUACAAGAUCUGGUUCACCGGCAACCAGCCAACUGCUGCCACUCCCACACCGACUGCCUCCUCAAACGUCACAUCUUCUGCUGUCUCCUCGGCAACUGCUUCUGCCACUGUCGCUCCUAUUCCUGCUCCUGGGUACCCACCUCCAGUCGUCCGCGAGGCAAACAACCUUAUAGGUGGCUACUUCCUCGAGGACGACUACUCUGACGUUGCUGUCCUUUCUGUUCCCUCGUUCGUAGGCAUCAAUGCCCAGAAGGGGUUUCAAGACACUGCUGCCAAGUUCCUCGCUGCGGCGAAGGCUGCUGGCAAGAAAAAGCUUGUUGUCGAUGUCUCUGCCAACGGUGGUGGUACUAUCCUCUUGGGAUACGAUCUGUACAAGCUGCUUUUCCCCAACGACAUCGAUCACGCUGCGUCUGACCGCUUCCGCGCUUUCGAGAGUACUGACCUGCUCGGCCAGAAAUUCUCCCAAGUUGCCAAGGGUCUUCCUCGCCAGCUUGUCACUGAGGAGCAGAACGAGACUUUGUUCGAGCUUACCGACACCGUCGUUUCCUCGCUCUUCAACUAUCAAUCCGAUGUCUCGGCCAACGGUACCAACUUUGUCGACUGGGCUGAUAAGUUUGGUCCUCUUGUCCACGAGAAGGGUGACAACUUCAGCGACCUUAUUCGCUGGAACCUUUCUGAUGUUUUGACGCCCCUGAACUCGGGAGGCAUCUACGUCCACGGAUACGGCCCCCUCAACAACUACACCCAACAGCCUUUCGCCGCUGAAGACGUUGUGGUUGUCACUGACGGUUACUGUGCAUCAACCUGCACUAUUUUCUCUGAGCUCAUGCGUCAGCGUGCUGGUGUUAAGUACGUCUCGCUUGGCGGUCGCCCUCGUGAGGGUAUUACCCAGGCCGUUGGCGGUGUUAAGGGUACCAACAACCUUGGAUGGACCUACAUCCAGGCGCUGGUCCAGUACACAGUCAACAACUUGACUGAUAGCACCGAGGCAGCCAAGCUCAACAGCACCGAACUGGGCGAGUACUGGAGCGACACUGUUUUCGAUCGUCUUGCCAUCGGCAGUGCAGUCAAUAUCAACUUCCGGGACGGUAUCCGUGACGGAGACGAGACGGAGACGCCUCUUCAGUUCGUCUACGAGCCAUCUGACUGCCGCAUCUUGUACACCAAGCAGAUGACCGUCGAUGUUACUGCGAUCUGGAAGGCUGUAGCUGAUACAACCUGGGGUGGAAAGAGCCACUGCGUUGCCGGAGACCUUGGCGGCUACCCUACUGGCUCUAAGCUGGCUAAGAGGGAGCUGAGUGUACACGAGAAGGCGCUCAGCAGGAGGAUGCACCAAUGGAGGAGAGAGCUGAGAGAGCAGGAUUAUCCGCUCGACGUGUUUACCAACCUGCAUGAGGCCAAGCUUGGUGGUGAUGGUAUCAUGUUACCAUAAACAGGUAGUGAGUUCAUUAGCUGUGAAUGAAUGAUGCAUAUUGUGGAAUCGAUUAGUUUCAUCGAAAAUUAAGUUUCCAAACAUUUGACUUGCG